GCUGCUGCAGUUUGGUGAACUUGCUGUGUUAUUUAUUUGUGUUCAUUGAGUGCUUUGCCAAAAAAAUAUGCAUACAAAGAAAAUCCCUUAAAAGUUAAUACUGGAAAGGCAAGAAAAAACGAUUACACAAGUGUCAGUUAGAUAACGAGAGGAGGAAGAUGACGGGUUCGGAGGCGGCAGCCGAGACACCGGCGCCUAGCACGGAGAAAUCCGCGAGCAACCCGCUGGAGCAGUUUGUUUUGCUGGCCAAGACGGCGAAGGGCGCUGCUGCCCUGGAGCUCAUCAAACAAGCAGUGGAGACCCCUGGAGUGCACGUCUUUGGCGAGUUGCUCGACAUGCCCAACAUCAAGGAGCUGGAGGACGGACCCCAUGCUGCCUACUGGAACACGCUCAAUUUGUUCGCCUAUGGUACUUACAAGCAGUACUUGGAGAACAAGAGCGAGCUGCUCGAGCUUACACCAGUCCAGAAGAAGAAACUUCAGCAUUUGACCAUCGUUACCUUGGCCACCAAGUCCAAGUGCAUACCCUACUCUGUCCUCCAGGAGGAGCUCGAUGUGAAGAACGUAAGAGACCUCGAGGACUUGAUAAUUGAGGCUGUGUAUGCAGACAUUAUACACGGCAAACUCGAUCAGAAAAACUCGCAGCUCGAAGUCGACUAUGCAGGCUUGGGACGAGACGUCAGGCCCGGGGACACGGGCGCUGUUGCUCAAACGCUUGCAGAAUGGGGAGAGACUUGCAGUGCCAUUUUAGAGUGUAUUGAUCAGCAAGUUUAUCGAGCAAAUACUGAGAAACAAAAAGCAACGCAUCACAAAGAUAAACUACAGCAAGAUAUUGCGAAUAUAAAGAAAAACUUUGUUGCUCAACUUACUGUUGGUGGAAUUCAAGAAGUAGAGAUGGUGGCAGGUGGCUCCGGCACAGGAAGCAAUGAUUCUUGUCGGGAAGCCUUACCAGUUCCUCCUGAUGCAAAGAAAAAGUUGCCAAAAGGAAAAAUCAUAAGAGGAAGUGGUAAGUUUUGGAAGAACUAAGCUAAUUUUUAUUUUAGCUCGAAAACUCAUUGAUGGUGUUGUAAACGUGCUGAUUGAUAAAAAAAACUUUCAAGCUUGCAUCAGUCAGAUGAAGAAAAUAUUCUAUAAAUUACGUCUUACUAUUAUAAAUCGACAUGCAUUAUCACUAUUUCGAUUACACGUAUAUAAACAUCGACGUUUUAUUCUUAAAUAGUACGUUGAUGUAUUUGAUGUAUAUUAUCAGUUUUUACUAGUAAUACGAUUUAAUGUUUACCCAUUUCACAGACUGUAAUUAAAUAUAAGUUAGGGUUAUGAUUGUG